AUGCUGCGGUGGGGGCUCCGGGUCGUGAGCUGCGGCUUCUCCGCCCCGAGGAGCGCGGCGUGCGCCGGGCCGUGGCGGCGGCAGCGCAGCGUUCUUACGAUGGCUGAGGAUUUGAUAACAGCUGUUGCCAGCCAGACAAAGAGACUCAACAGCAGCAGCGAGGUGGUUCAAAGAGUGGAAGAAAAUGGGCAUCCGAGCAAAAAGUUGAAGAGUGAUGCGGAUGAGGAAGAUACAGAGGAUCAGAAUAAGAAGUUACCCAAAAGGAAGAUUGUGCUGUUGAUGGCAUAUUCAGGGAAAGGCUACCAUGGCAUGCAAAGAAACGUGGGAUCUUCACAGUUCAAGACAAUAGAAGAUGACCUGGUCUGUGCCCUUGUCCAGUCAGGAUGCAUCCCAGAGAACCACGGGGAGGACAUGAAGAAGAUGUCCUUCCAGCGCUGUGCUCGCACAGAUAAGGGUGUGUCUGCAGCUGGACAGAUUGUGUCACUGAAGGUCAGGCUAAUAGAUGACAUCUUAGAAAAGAUCAAUAAUCAUCUUCCUUCUCACAUCAGGAUUCUGGGCCUGAAGAGAGUCACUGGGGGAUUCAACUCCAAGAACAAAUGUGAUGCCAGAACCUACUCUUACAUGCUGCCCACGUUUGCCUUUGCCCAUAAGGACCAUGAAGUGCAGGAGGAGCUUUAUAGGCUGGACAGAGAGACCCUGGAAAGGGUCAACCAGCUGCUGGGCUGCUACAAAGGGACACACAACUUCCACAACUUCACAUCACAGAAGGGCCCCAGGGACCCCAGUGCCAAGAGGUACAUCAUGGAGAUGUACUGUGGAGAGCCCUUUGUCAGGGAAAACAUGGAGUUUGCAGUGAUCCAAGUGAAGGGUCAGAGUUUCAUGAUGCACCAGAUCAGGAAGAUGAUUGGGCUGGUGAUAGCAAUUGUGAAGGGUUAUGCUGCUGAGUCCAUCAUGGAGAGAAGCUGGGGAGAGGAGAAGGUUGAUGUCCCCAAAGCCCCAGGACUUGGGCUGGUUUUGGAGAAAGUACACUUUGAGAAAUACAACAGGCGUUUUGGGAAUGAUGGGCUGCAUGAGCCGCUGGAGUGGACAGAGGAGGAGGAGAAGAUUGCUGUUUUCAAGGAGCAGCACAUCUACCCUACCAUUAUCAACACAGAAAAGGAGGAGAAAUCCAUGGCAAACUGGCUAAAAACCCUCCCCAUUCACGACUUCAACUCCUCUGCUGUUGAGGUGCAAACUAACAACAAAAAUCCAAAGAAGAGCAGCGAUGCCGAAGGCAGCGAUGGUUGUGGUGAUGAUUCUGACUGAGCCAGCAGCACCUGGGACCCCUGCUGCUUGCAGUUCCCUUUGUCUACAAAAAAGUGGCCUUUCCAAAUCCAAGAAUCCAGUGAAACAGGAGCUGGUGCUUGCAGAACGAGAACUGGAUGCCCAGGAGAAACUGGCUGGGGAAGACAGUGCAGCAGAAAAACCAGAAGCUUUUUAUACCACUGACUGAUUCACCUGACUGAUAUACUUGAAAACAGUGUAGUGGGAAAUCAGCUUUCUAAAAAUAAUCUUGAAAUGCAGGAUAUCUUAAUUGCUAUUUGAAUAAUGUUUUUAUUAUGUUUACCUGGAAAAUAGUAUUUUAAAUAUGUAUAAUCUCUACGUAAAGAUGGGGCAAAUCAUUUUAAUAUACUCUUUUUUACUAU